AAUAAAUUGUUUAUGUUUAUUCGUUUUUGUUGCAGUGCAUAGAAAUUAUGAAUUCCAGAUGUUAAACUCUGAAAUGCUUCCACGUCUUGCAUAUUGGAUUACUCGACCAAGAACACUCUCACUCUCUUCCGCUUUUUCCUUCUUCCAUUUCCAGGACAAGGUUUAGUGCAAAGUGCUUGAACGAGAAAAUGAAUGAAGAAAAUAAUUUGCUUUCCAAGGAUAGAAAGCGUGCUAAUUUUCGAUUAUGCAGUUUGUCAAAUUAUACAUCUGAAAUACUGGAGAUACAAGCUGAUGCUCCAAGUUUGCAUGUUCUCUUUGUUCCUGGAAACCCAGGUGUUAUUUUAUUCUACAAGGACUUUGUGGAAUUUCUGUAUGAACUUCUUGGGGGAACGGCAUCUGUCACAGCUAUUGGCCAAGUCUCUCACUCAAGAAAGGAUUGGGAGCAUGGACGGUUGUUCUCUUUACAAGAUCAGAUUGAUCAUAAAAUUGAUUUUAUCAAAGAAGAACUGCAAAAUAUCGAGAUUCCUAUAAUACUGGUUGGGCACUCUAUAGGUUCGUACAUAUCUAUUGAAAUGUUCAAGAAGACUCUAGAGAAGGUGAAUUAUUGUGUUGGACUUUAUCCGUUUUUGACACUAAACCCACACUCAACAACACAGUUAAUUAUUGCAAAAAUUGCACAAUACCAAUUUGUAGCUGCUGCUCUCAGCUACCUAACAGCAUCAUUAGGAUUUUUACCAGUCAAGGCUUUGAGGUUUAUUGUCGGAAAAUCUCUCGGGAAGUCAUGGUCCGCCAAUGCAGUUGAGGCUGCAUGCUCUCACUUGUCACAGUACCAUACCAUGCGAAACGUUCUCUAUAUGGCCAUGUCUGAGUUUAAAAAGUUAGCGGAGGCACCAGAUUGGACAUUUUUAAGAGAAAGGAAGGAUCAAUGUGCAUUUUUAUUUGGUGUUGGUGAUCAUUGGGGCCCGCUUCAAUUGCUUGAAGAGAUAUCAAACCAGGUUCCGGGUAUUGCUUUAUCCAUUGAACGAGAAAACCACACCCAUGGUUUCUGUUGCACUGAGGCUGGUUCAUUAUGGGUGGCUCAGCAUGUGGCAAACUUAAUUAAGAAUCAGAUUGCAUGUACAAACCAAUGAGAGAUUUCAAAGCAGGUUCCAAGUAGCAGGUUGCGGGAGAAAACUACACCUGUGGUUUCUAUUGCACUGAGGCUGGUUCAUCAUGGGUGGCUCAACAUGUGGCAAACAUUAUCAAGAAUCCGACAGCAUGUACAAACCAAUAAGGUCUGAUUCUCUUGCUAUUGUGGCCAAUGUUAUGUGAGUUUUAAGUUAAUGACAGAAAGAUUGAUAAAUUUGAAACAUUUAUAGCUUAAAAAAUGAGUUACAUAUCUUUAUCAGUGUCAAUAGUGCAUUUGUUUCUCUUAAUUUUAUCAUAGCCAACUCUAUUCUACUAUGACAAUGGUGGUGUCGUCUCCCAGUUGUAAAUUUAGAGUUAAAUCAAUUGAAAAACCAAAGGAAUAAAUAAAUUUAAA